ACCUUGCGGCUCUCUUCGCUCUCCAUUAUUGAAACUUGUCAGAUACAAUCCGGUACCGGAAAUAACAAUUCUCUGUUUUAUUGCCGGCCGUUUCGCAUUAUCUGCGGCGAACAGAGAUUGAGAAAUUGUAACGUACGUGAACGACCAUGCAUUUCUGGAAGAUUCUCAACGCUUUGAUCGAGCAGAUGUUACCUGAUUGGCGAGACAAGUUCUUGUCCUACAAGGAUCUGAAGAAGCAAUUGAAGCUGAUUUACCCUAAGGAAGGAGAGGUUGCUCGGCCGAACAAGCGGCCUAGAUUGGGCGACGAGACGGACGGUCGUGAUGAGGCCGAGGAGGAGCGGAAGGUGGUGGCCGGAGGAGAAGGAGAGGGUGAGGAGGUGGUGGUGACGAAGGAGGUGAUUGAUUUCGUGAAGCUGUUGGAGGAAGAGAUCGAGAAGUUCAACGCCUUCUUUUUGGAUAAACAAGAAAAUUAUGUUAUCAAAUUAAAGGUACUGCAAGAAAGGAUAGCAGAGUCCAUGAAUUCAAGUGAAGAGCUGAUGAAGGUAGGGAGGCAGAUAGUUGAUUUUCAUGGAGAGAUGGUUCUUUUGGAGAACUACAGUGCCUUGAACUACACAGGAUUGGUGAAGAUACUGAAGAAAUAUGACAAAAGAAGCGGUGCUCUAAUCCGCUUGCCUUUCAUACAAAAGGUUUUGAAACAGCCAUUUUUCACAACUGAUGUGCUUAAUGAGCUUGUGAAGGAUAGUGAGACGAUGCUUGAUCAACUUUUCUCCAUGAACGAGCAACCGGCCGCUUCUGAAACAACUGAAAGAAAAGAAAAGUGUGGCAUUGAGACUGCUGUUGAAAAUAGAGAUGGACUUCUCAGAGUUCCCCAAGAGCUUGGCGAAAUAAAAAACAUGGAGAGCAUGUACACGAAGCUUACUAUAUCAGCACUGCAAGUCUUGAAAGAUAUUCGAAGCGGAAGUUCUACAGUAAGCAUGUUUUCAUUGCCCCCUUUGCAAAGUAAUGAUUUGGAGAUUUGGAAGAACAUUCCUGUUUUAGAGCAAACAGCCAAGUAGUUUAGGGGAAGUCCCUCUCUCCUCAUUUUCCCUGGAAAUAUUCAACUUUCCACAGAAAUUGUUUUCUUUCCUUCCAAGAAAAUGGUGUGGCGAGGGUCACUCAGUGGGCGCGACUCAUCACUGUUGGAUCACGUGGUUGACUUCAUUAGCCACGAUCCAAUGGUGAUGAGGGCGCGAACUCGGCGCUCUUCCUUUUAUUCUUUUACUUUCCGGAAGCCCUUGUAUAAAAACCAUGGCGCAAAGGAACUUUGGUUGAUCUUUUCCUCUUUGUAGAAAAUUUCUGUUAGUUAAGAAGUGCUUUGAUCUUUUAUGUGAAACAAUGUCUUUUGACUCUUACAAUUUUAGUUAUAACAAUACGUCUUGAUUUCA